CACAACAACGGUCCUCAGCCUCCUGCUUGGAACACUGCGGUGUCCGAAUAGAGGAAUCGGGCUCCAUGGGGCCAAUUAAUUUCGGAGCUAGAGGAGAAUGAUACGUUGUCCAUUGAUGUGCGAUGUGAUAUCAUAGGCUUCUAGAUGACCUCCUCCUCUUCUUCGUCCUACUCGAACCGGACGGUAAGUACAACACUAUAUUCGUUUCCAGUCCUCACGACCGAACUCCCUUGAUUGGCUGCAGCAUGUCAGCAGCACAGUCUGGACGGCUCAAAGACCGCAUCGCCAUCGUCACGGGCAGCAGCUCCGGUUUGGGGCAAGCGAUCUGCCUCGCCUUCGCGGCCCAGGGGGCGUCGGUGUUCUGCAUAGACCUCUACCCGAGCCCGCGGAACGCCAUAAACCAGACGACGCAGCGGGCCGACGACUUCCACGUCCGCGUGUCCGGGCAGCCCGGUACGCACGAGCUCAUCCGCCAGCGAGGGGGCGAGGCGACGUACCACAAGGCCGAUGUGACGCGGGCGCAGGACGUCGAGCUGGCGGUGCGGGCGUGCAUCCAGCGCUACAAGAGAGUGGACAUCAUGGUCAACAACGCCGGGGUGAGCGUGGAGUCGACCCACGUGCGCCCUCUGCGCUGCCACGAGACGAGCGAGGAGGAUUUUGACAAGACGUUGGCGAUCAACACCAAGGGCAUGUUUCUGGGUUGCAAGUACGCCCUGAAGCAGAUGCUCGAGGGCCAGAACCAACUGUACGCCGCGAGGGGGUGGAUCAUCAACACCGCCAGCGUCCAGGGCUUGGUGCCGUACUACGGCACCCCGAGCUAUUGUGCGAGCAAGGGAGCCGCCGUCAUGUUGACCAAGCAGGUCGCCUUGGACUACGCCAAGGAUCUCAUCCAUUGUAACGCUCUGUGUCCGGGGUUCUUGGAGACCAGCAUGACCCAGAACCUACAGGGCCAAGUCGACGUGUUGGAGGAGAUCACGGGAAAACAUCCUUUUGGUGAGAAAUUGGGAAGGGUCGAGGAUGUGGCCAAGGUCGCGGUGUUUCUGGCGAGUGACGAUGCUGCAUGGGUCACGGGCGUGCCGUUUCCGGUUGACGGUGGGUAUUUGUUGAGAUGAGGCAGAGCUGGUGAAAAAACCAUUACGGCCGGAAACAAGUAACUAGUAAGUUGGUGUGUUGCGAAGAUCAAGGUCACUUUUGGACAUUUAUAGAAAAGGACAUAGGCGUGUCUAGAGCAUGACCAGGUGAUCGAAUAGGGGUUCACGCACUUCAUCAUUCAGAGGCAUGAAUCUAACUAUGUCGGAGGAUAUGGCUAUAGCUAUUGGUCCCCAAAUAUUCUAC